AUGAGCUCCUUCUCUUUAUCUAAAGGCUCACAGGCUUCCAUUGUUAAGAUCGCCGGCGCGGGGUUUCGGCUCUCACUGCUCCUCAACGCUGCCGCUUGUCAACUCGCUCAGUCGAGACUGGAAAUUCAUAGCAUCGCUAAGGGUAUCUCGCUGUUCGCUUUAGCGCUCAAACAUAUUGGGCUGACUAUUGAGGGUACCGAUGUGGACCAGUCUCCAGAGGCAACAGAGAAGGCCUGGGAGAUUGCCGGACAAGGCCAGAUGAUCUUCAUCGAGAUCGAACACAUGCUGGACAAGCUGAAGGCAACCGACAGCGACAAUGAUCUUAUGAGGAUUCCACUACAGGAGAGACUCAAAUGGUGUUUCCGGAAGCAGCACGUCACUUACUUGCUCGCCCAGUUGGAAUCUCUCAAGCUCAACCUGACUGUGAUGCUACAAACUCUACAGCUUGGGAAAGUUAUCAAAUCCAACGUUGACGAGGCGAUUGAUACUGAUUCCCUUACCUCCACCGCCGACGAUGCGAUUGCCCAGGAGAAAGCGGAAUCUCAGAACAUGAUUAUCGUCCGAUAUUGGUCUAUCAAGCGCCUCGAUCGCUUGUGGGAUCUUGUGGAACAGGAGAAUUUAGAUGCCGCCAAUGACCCGACAAACCAGAAAAUCAGUUCCAACUACUCGUCCAAUACAGCAUCGGCAUCGAAGCCAUUGGCUGCCGCAACCAGACGCUUGGGUCCAACAAGAUUGCCCAUCAUUACUCUUGGGGACAGCGACGUGGGGAUGAGUGAUAUGGAAAGAUCCCCGAAGGAUAUGGUGCACCUAUCUGAGAGCACAUUGGACCGGUUGCUUUCACUCUGGGUGCCUUUGAUUGAUCCUUCGAAACUUCACCACACCGGCAAAGGCUUCAACAAAUCCAAUAAGCUAGUCCAACCUCGAGUCUACCUCUCUUCAGAUACCGAGGAAGACGAUACCGAGGAGCUAGACUUUGAUGGUCACGCAAUCCGAGGUUACUACCUCGAAGGAUCCACAGUGGACUGGAGAGACCCUCAUUCACAAGAGGCCCGACAGAAUGCAGCAGAGCUACGCCGAAAGUACUCCAGCUACCAGGCCCAUGUGGAAAGCGAACCAGAGCCCGAUGAAUUCAAGCAUCGAGAUAAGCCUCGCAGCGAUGCAAGAGUCAUCGACUCAAGUGACGAGGACGAGCAAAGAUCUGAUCAUCUUCCGCCUUCACACAGCACCAACCCUAUGCAAGGCCACCGUCUCCAUUCCAACAGUGUCUCAUCCAGACAUCUUCCGAAUCACAACAAUCCCGACAGCAGAUCCCCCACAUACCUAAGCGGCAGCUUCCCACCCCCUAACCAUGCUCUACCCCGUCCUCUACCACUACCUUCACACGCACAGCCGGGUCCUCUCCAGCAGCCAUACAAAUACUACCCAAAUCAAGACUACACCACAGCCCGUCGAUCCAUCCCAAUGAACAUGAACCAACUCAACAACCCAGCCAUCACUAUUCCUAGUACCAAUCCGUCUCCGAGGGGCUCAUCACCAAACCAAGUCCACUUUGAGUCCCCCCGGACCCGAAAUCAGGCAUACAACAUUAUCCCCAACAACAAAUUCCAACCCCGCCACCAUCCAUCCGCAUACCCGCUUUCUUCCUCGUCCCCCGAGUCUAGCUUCCGGGCCUCGCCGUCUCGCUCGGAUCAACGAUCCCCGUCAUCGCACCCACGCCGAUCCCCGCGCGAAGAUGCUAAGGAUCGGCAUAAGGCUUUGACUCGUAGUGCUACAAGGGGAUUGGCGGGGAUCGGGGCUAUUGCCGGGUUUAUGGAUGCCUUGGAGGCGUUUUCAAUCCUGUGA